AUGAGCCCUCAGCAUGAUGCGCCACCGCCCGAUGCAGCCCCCGUGAAGAGCGAGCCCCGGCUGGACGCGGGCAACCGACACCACGACCACUACGCCCGCAGACUGCCCCAAUGGCGCAACAGCCUGCGCAACCACCUCAUCCCCAUUGUGCGCUGGGAGACGCCGUGGCUGGCCCUGCUGCAGGACAAGAUACGGUCGCCCGCGCUUGACUCGUACUUUGCCUACACGGCGAACCUGGGCACCCACACUUCUGGUGUGGAUACACCAACGUUGGGCGAGCGUAUGUGCGCGACACCGCCAGAGGCCACAGUGGCUGACGUGCACAGGACCGUCUUCAUGCUGGCUGCAGGGGUCUACCUGACUGGCUUUCUGAAAGACAUGGUGUGCCUUCCCCGGCCGCUGUCACCUCCGCUGGCCCGUAUCUCCAUGUCGGGUUCCGCCGCACUCGAGUAUGGCUUUCCGUCGUCGCAUUCAGCAAAUGCCGUGUCCGUGGCCUUCUACGCCAUCUACACCAUUCGGCAGAGUCCCGAGGCCUACCACCCAUAUGUCUGGAUUGGACUGCAGGGCCUCUUCUACUUCUACGCCGUGUCCAUCAUAUUUGGUCGCCUGUACUGUGGCAUGCACGGCUUCCUCGAUGUCAUCGUUGGCAGUGUCAUUGGCGCCCUGAUCACCGCCUUCUACCUCGUCUGCUAUGACUGGCUAGAGUCUUGGGUUUUCAGCGGCAGCUAUACUGACAUCUUCAUCGCCACGCUGGUGGUAUGCAUCAUGAUCCGUAUCAAUCCCGAGCCCGCUGAUGACUGCCCCUGUUUCGACGAUAGUGUCUCGUUCUUGGGCGUGGUAAUCGGAAUCAACCUGGGCGCAUGGCACUACGCCCAGACGGGCCUGGCACUGGACUAUCCCAUUCCCUCCACCGUGCCAUUUGACCUGGAGAAGAUCGGGCUGCUGAAAGCAACACUUCGAAUCCUUCUCGGCGUCGUCAUCAUCUUCAUGUGGAGGGCGAGUGCCAAGUCUGCCCUCCUCAAAGGACUUCCGCCAUUCUUCCGUCUACUGGAACAGGCGAGGCUUAAUUUGCCCCGCGUGUACUUCCUCAACGCUUCGAAAUACACUUCCAUCCCUACGCUACGUGACGAUGAUAAUCUCAUCCCGCCCGCUCGGGAACUGCCCGAGAGGAUCAUGAACCUUGCCCACCCGCGCAAAAGAUCCGUUUCCGUAGGACCGCAAUCUGCCGCAGAUGCGUAUGAGACUCUCCAUUACCGUAAUAGGCGGCGACGUGAAAGUGUCAGCUCGCUUGACGGAGGAGUGCCAGAAGGCGCGCUGUGGGAACCAAGCCCGCGCCUACAGUCUAAACCACAAACCCCGGCCUUGGAGAAGACCGAACCGCAACUACUCGGCGCAAGCCUGCUUCCGACGCCCAUGCAGUCCCGUGUUCACUCUUACGAGCAGAUGAUGGGUACUGGUCAGGCUCAUUCAUCUGAGAAAGAGAGAAUGACACCACCAGGGAGUGAUACGGACACCGCCGGCGACACCGUUCAGCUCAACCAAACCCUAACAGACGAAGAGACUGAGACUGAGAAGAGAGAGCUCUUUAACCAGUUGAUGAAGCCUCGUGUGCGGUACGACGUCGAGGUCGUGACGAAGCUGAUUGUGUACAGUGGCAUUGCCUGGAUAGCCGUUGAAGGUAACCCCCUGCUCUUCGAACUCGUAGGGCUGGGCAUGCCAUAACAUCUCUUAUUUUCCCUAACACUUCCUGCACAUAGUCUUCCGCCACAUAAUCUUCCUACACCUCGCCCUUGAUGGGUAGUGUUCUACCUAAUAAUGUAACCCCGCAUGCAAACCUU